AUGCCUUGGGGAUCAAUUACUGUGCAAGCGGUGGACAAUAACGGCAAAAUCAAACCGAACGAACAAGUUAAAUAUCGUGACGCUAAACUAUGGCCUGGAGGGUCUCGCGGAUGGGACUGGCGAGAGACCGGGACUUCACACAUUCCAGGUGUCCAGACCUCAGAUGUGGAAGAGCUGAUUGCCAGCAAUCCGGACAUUAUCAUUCUGAGUCGUGGUGUGCUGCGUGUUUUACAAGUGCCCGAUUCAACACGAACUUAUAUUCGUGAGAAGUUGCCCAAAGUGGAGCUGAUUGUUGAGCCUAGCAAAAGCGCCUAUCACAUAUACAAUACGAAGGCAAAGGAAGGCAAGCGAGUGGCUGCUUUACUCCACACAACUUGCUGA